AUGUCCAGGGCACUGCUGCUGCUGCGGUGGUUGUGGGGCCGGCCCAGUGUGAAGGCAGCCGUAACUGCAGGGCUGUUGGUCACCGUGCUCUGGAACCUGAAGUGCUUCAUCCGCUCACCCAACAGCUCUGACGAAGCCCUCAAGCACACGAAGGCGCUGACAGUCCUGGUGUGGGAAUGGCCCUCGAGGCAGGUCCCAGACCUCAGCGGGGAUGUCUGCCGUGAGCAGUACGGCAUCGCGGGCUGCCGGCUCAGCACAGAGCGACGGCUCCUGAGCCAGGCUGACGUGGUGGUGUUCCUUCACACCACCCUCCCGCGGGGCCGGGACAAGCUGCCCCGGGACAGACCGCAUGGGCAGGGCUGGGUCUGGGUGUCCCUGGAGUCCCCCACCAACACGAGAGCGUUAGCAGGAUGGAACCAGACCUUCAACUGGGUGAUGACCUACAGGCGGGACUCGGACAUCUUCAUGCCCUAUGGCAAGCUGGUGCCCAACCGGUCAGCCACUGUGAGCAUCCCCACAAAGACCAACUUGGUGUCCUGGGUUAUCAGCAACUAUCACAGGACUCAGAAGAGAGCUGAAGUCUAUAAGAACCUGUCCAGGUAUCUCCACGUGAACCUCUAUGGGAAAGCAGCCAAGAAGCCGCUUUGCAAGGACUGCCUUUUGCCCACGACAUCCAAAUCCAAAUUCUACCUGGCCUUUGAGAACUCCAUCCACCAGGACUACAUCACUGAGAAGCUCUGGAGGAACUCUCUGCUGGCUGGCACCGUGCCGGUGGUGCUGGGCCCCCCCCGGGCCAACUAUGAGCAGUUCAUCCCUGCAGACUCAUUCAUCCACGUCGACGACUUCGGUUCCCUGGAGGAUUUGGCCACCUUCCUGAAGACCAUGAACUCCAGUCGCUACCAGCAGUUCUUUGCGUGGCAGAAGAGGUACAGCGUGAAGCUCUAUGCAGAUUGGAGGGAGCGCAUCUGCACCAUCUGUGCCGUGCACCCCCACCUGUCCCAGGGCCGCCUCUAUCCCAACCUGCAGAGCUGGUUCAACACCUAG